AUGGCAUUCCCACCCCCCUCCCAAGACCAAAUCCAAAAUAUCUACCAACCCAAAGAUGCCGUCGGCGCCGCCAUCCAGGCCACCGGCAUCACCGCCGCCGGAGGGACUUUCCUCGCGGCCAUUCAGAACACAAUGGCGAGGCAGAACGUAGGCGCCAUGGGCGCUUUCUCGCGGUUUGGGACGACGAUUGCUGUGUACGCUGCCAUGGGCGGAGCCUACGAAUUCACCAAGAACGCUUCCGCGAAUUUGAGGCAGAGGGAUGAUGCGUGGAACCCGGCGAUAGGCGGGGGCUUUGCGGGAAUGAUGUUGGGGUUGAGCUGUAUGACCGACUGUCGUGACGGUUACAGCGACAUCCGCUCGGCACCAGCAGUCGUCGGCUACGGCGCCGGUCUCUCCGCGAUUCUAUACGCCUUUAGCUACACGGGAGGCACGCUGAAUGGCUACCAGCGCGAUCCGGAGGUGGAUGAGGUGAGUCGGAAAGAGUACCUGCGGAAGAACAGGCGGAGACCGGUGGAGGAUACGGUGAAUGAGAUUGGUGAGGGGAGAGGGGUGUACGGCCCGGGCUACGAGGAGCGGCGAGCGCAGCGCAUCAAGGACGCUUACGGCAUUGAUGUACCCCGGCGCGGCGUCGAGGCGGCACCGUAGAUGGGUUUGUAGGAUAUGUAUACUCAGCAAAUACCCUGGCCAUCGUACUCUGUUCAGCGAGUUGGUGUGGUACAAUGAUGGCACGAGGCAACAAAUUCAACGACGACCUGUUCCUUAGAAGCAGACGCAUCUCGAUGUCUGCAUGAGCCCUGCUAACAUGGCUGGCAGAUUCAGCUCAUAUGGGGACAGCUAUCACCACCCAUACAUAGGCUCGGUCAGACGCAAGCACAUAUUGAUCCAUUUGGGCGGUACAGUAUGCGGUAGCUAGCGCGCCAGCCCCGCAUCAAACCAUCAUUCUUCCAACAGCUCCUCAUGA